UUGUCCAGGAAAAGCGCCCGCGAUCGAUCAAUCCCUAGUUCGUCAAUCGCUGCGAGUGGAUCGAUCAUGGCGGCGCUGCGCCCGCGGGCGCUUGGGGCUUUGAUGCCGCUGCUAUAUUUCGUGGCGAUGGCGGCGGCGGCGCAGCGGGAGCGCUCGUCCGAGGCAAGCUGGGUCGAGAAUACCGCGCACAAGCUGGAAGCGAUGUUCCCUGCCUCGCGAUCUUGGCCGACUCGUCCUUGGCUGUCGCAAGGCGUUUUCUCUCAACUGGAGAAUGGUACUAGGCUCUGUCGUGGCGUUUCUUGGAGCGAUGUUUGCAAACGCGGCCGGCGUCGGCGGUGGCGGCCUCUUCGUUCCCUUGUUUCGGCUCUUGAUUGGAUUCGAUGUGAAGACCUCGGCAGCUCUAUCGAAAUCGAUGAUUAUGGGCGGUGCUGUUGCUUCAGCUCUCUACAACUUACCAUCCAAGCAUCCCGUGCUUGACAAGCCGCUCAUAGACUACGACCUUGCGCUUCUCAUACAGCCCAUGCUUUUACUGGGAAUUAGCAUCGGAGUUAUGUGCAAUGUGAUGUUCCCGGACUGGAUCCUCACAGUUCUGCUCGUCGCUGUUCUUACUGGUAUGGCAUUCAAAACGUUCAACAAAGGUGCAUGUACCUGGAGCACGGAAUCUGAGCAAAAGGCCCACUGUUGUGACACCGGGGAAGAAGGUUUUGUCUCAAAUUCCCGGACGGAGCCAUCGUCAUCUUUGGAGCAGGGUCUGCUAGCGAAGUCCGAGCAAUGUGCUCCACAGGAAGGCUUACCAUCUUCGAUCAAGUGGGCCAACAUCUGUCUCCUUUGUACUGUGUGGACGGUCUAUCUCAUUCUGCAAUUGCUGAAGUCUGGUGCCGCGACAUGUGGACGUCUUUAUUGGAUUCUGACUGUCCUCCAAGCCCCAGUUUCAAUCGGAGCAACCGCAAUUGGAGUGUGGAGGAUUUACAGACGAGGAGAUUUCGGGAAAGAAAAGCCAGCUUCGGGUCCAACUUGCGAGCAGCUCUUUUUGUAUCCUCUUUAUGCGGUACUCGCCGGUGUCGUUGGCGGGCUGCUAGGCAUUGGAGGGGGGAUGAUACUGGCGCCAUUGUUUCUGGAACUCGGCAUAAUCCCACAGGUUACGUCCGCAACCACGACGUUUAUCGUUGUCUUCUCCUCAUCCAUGUCCGUUGUAGAGUUCUAUCUUCUGGGAAGACUUCCAGUCAGAUUUGCUGCAUAUUUCACCACGCUAUGCGGCAUCGCAGCGUUGGUUGGCCUCCACGCAACCAAACUGUUCAUCCGGAGAUACGGAAGAACUUCGUUCAUCAUCUUUAUCCUGGCGGCCAUAAUCGGAUCAAGUGCCAUCAUUCUGGGAAUCAUUGGAGGCUUCGCGGACAUUAGAAGAUACAUCGCAGGGGAAUACAUGGGAUUCCACAGCCUUUGCGAAGAUUGAAACCAAAGGUAUGUAUACGUAAAGAACAAAGAACUAGAAACAAAAUCAAAGCAACACGGUACAUGAUCGUGUACCUGUGGUGGAGAUUGUUUCGUUAAGUGAUGUUUAUACCAAAGGUUAGAUUAAAUUUUCUACCUUUGCUGGAAGAAUAAUGGAUAUGAAUAUUCUCUA